UCAUUAAAAAAAAAAAACAAACAAAUAAUAAAUCUUAACAAAAAACAGUUUAAAUUUAAGUUAAAAAAACUUCAAAUAAUAUAAACAAUAAAAUAAAGUGUUUAACAUUUAACAAAACUUCAAAAAAACUAUGGCUUCUUUACAACAAAAACGGCCUUCCAUAUCAAAUUGGUUUUCUUCUUUAAGAAGACAGCCGAAAAAUAAAAAAUCUUCCUCCUUAUAUGGAGUAGACAAACAAUAUCAACGUAGCUGUAUCGAUUUGCCUUCCAGUACUUUUUAUGUGGGCCCUAAAACGGGCAAAGAUCAGUUUAUUUCUUCCUCCACAAAUUCACCCAUUACCACUAACUCUACCGAUAAUUUGCUGGAAAAUGAGCGUAAAUCAAAAUCCAAUAUAUGUGCCAGAUGUUGCUGCACGAUCUUGCCGCCCAAAUCAAGAUCUCUAACGCCUCCCUCUUCGCCCAAUACUAACAGCAAUACCAUAACACCAGAUUCCAAUACGCCGACUACAUGCUCACCCGCCAGAUCUCCUUCAAUAAAUCCUUAUAUAAGCAUAGCUUCCUAUAAUAAUACCACACCUACUGCCACCACACCUUUAACAGAAGCGCCACCCUCGCCUUAUGAUAAUGUUCAGCAGCAGCCUACCAUUUCGUCGUGUACAGUUUAUGAAACUGAAUUACGUAAAAAUGUGGAAAUGGUGCGUUUAGAAUCGUGUGAUUCCGGCAGUUUGGGUUUGUCAGAUGUUCCCAGCUCUCCCUUAACGCCCACUAAGCCUACCACUCCUCAAACACCACCCGCCAAUGCUACUCAUGUCAUCAAGAAAACUACAGAAUUCCAGCGCUCUUUAACCACCACCACCACACAGACACUCAUCGUCUCACGACCCGUUGAACUAAUACUCAAUGAAAAAGGUGAAAUUAUCGGCAAAAGACCCAAAUCUUUCGAUAAAACUUUACGUUCCAACAGUUUGGGUUGUGUAUUGGAUGAACCCAAUGAGUCUGCCGCCCUACCUACCUCUCCACUAAAUGAAUCUUCACCUUUAAUACUCGACUCUCAUGACAUUAAAUUCAUCGAUGAUUCCUCAACAUCACAAAGUGAAAAUGAACGUAAUUCUCAGCAGAGUUGCAAUCAGGAUAUCGCCGAGAAAGAGAAUUACUAUUAUACAUUACCUUCGAAAUUUAAGAAAACACCACGUUCGAAAGGUAUUUCGACGGCGUCGGCGGUUAGUUCACCGCGCACACUUAAGGCUGGCCUUAUGUUGAACAAUAAUGUGGGUAGUUUGUGUGAUGACUGUCGCAUUGUUAUCGAAAGAAAUCGUAAUAAUCGCAAUAUUCAUUAUACGAAUGCACUGAUAACGAAUAGGCAAAUCAAAGAUGAAUUAUGCGAAGUGGUUUCCGAAAUGGAGGCACUCGAUGUGCCCGAAGACUGUAAACAUUCCAAUAAAGAUAAACAAAUGUCCAUUGGACGUAAGAAAUUUAAUAUGGAUCCCAAAAAAGGUAUGGAAAACUAUAAUUUAAAUCAAAACUUUUAAAAUUAAAAUGUUUUA